UGCGAAUAAAAAUAAGUGGGCCGUCUACGAGGAUCGGCUGAUCGGCCACUCAGUUAGGCUGUCGGUUUGUACCUUGUUGGCUGUUUCAGCCUAUUUGCUCAGGAAAUAUUUGGCAAAUAUGCGAUAGUGUAAAAAUUGGCAAGUCACUGUCUCGUAUAAUUUUUCUUAAUCGUCUGUCGCCUGCAGAAGGGAUGCUACUAGUGGACGUGAGCUGUCUACUGAAAGGGUACUGUUCUUAAUGAAUAAUUUCGAGCUGAAGUACACUGUUCCAUGCCUUGAUGGGCACAUGUUACUCAAGUAAGAGCAAGUCAGCCUCACAGCCGUACUCCUCUGCUCCCAUGUCGGCAUCCUCUUCUCAGGAUAGUGCGCUACGUCUACCACGAGCCACUCCUUACACAAGGGGAACCGUCGCACCAAUAGAUACAUCGGAGGUGAACUUCAGGCGUUGUAUUCCUCCUCCUACUAAAUACCGUGCCAACCCUUCUCAAUCUGGAAAUCUGCAAGGCAAAGCCAGUGUCACCGUGACAACAGACUUUGCAGACAGGAGCAGGAGAGCUGUGACUGACAAUGCUGAUGUGAACAACCCUAGCUUCAAUAACAACUUUGAGGAUGGAAGCUCAUCCCAAGAUUUCACUAACUUUAAAAAGGAUGUUGUCGAAACUGGUGCAAAUAAUGUAACGGACAGCUGCUCAUUGCGGGUUAAAACAGAGGGGGCCAAGGUGUCUUCUGAGAACUCGGAACAGAUGCGCAUUCAGUAUGGCGCCACCAAAAUCCCAACCAAGAUUACAGCACACCUGAGUGGGCUCCCCAAGCCUCAGGUUGCUGUUGUGACAACCAGAGUUCCACCUGUGCCACAGAGGGCUACAAGUGAGAAGUUACAUGCAGCAGCUCGAAUGUCCAACCAACCAGUGGGAGAGGCUGCUGCUCCAGAAAAGCGGACUGGUUGCCAGCACAGGGUGUCGCCGGAUAAGGAAAGCAUUUCAGACAGGAGCCACAGCGGAGACAGCGGUAGCACCGACUACGACUCUGGUCUGGGCCACUCUCUGAGUGACCCACCUGCUGGCAAUGAGAAUGGCGGGAAGGCACAGAGCAGCAGCACGACGCUACAAGUGGAGUCGUCGCCUGUUCUAAAGGAGGCCGUGGGUGUAGGAAAAGAGUUCGACUCGGCUGUACUGCCCACAACGCUCCCUGCUGGAGCACAACUGACUACAGUUGAUGGAACUGCCUCCAAGAUGGGUGUGUAUGACCAGCCGGACUCCUACGCGGCAUACCGGGGAAUCCUGUCUUAUCGGCGCAUCACUCCAAUAAAGAAGUAUUCAGAGACUCCUCAGUGGAAGCGACCUGUUGAACCAAAGAUCACAAAAGGCUUCAGCAGCCCCACUCGGGCUGUCAUCGCCAAGGGAAUACUGACCAAGGGAGCCAAGGCAGCAAAGGAUUGCUCACCAGAGCAGAAGAGAGAGGGAGUUGCAAAAGGACCAUCAAUGCUGUCAGCUCCACUCAGCCCACCAAACAAGGAAGAGAAGAGUGGUGGGUUUCUCAGCCCCACAUCAGAUGGCUUCCUAAUCGAUGAUGACAUCUCUGAUCAGCCUGGUCUGAUCGCUCUCGAGCGGUCUAGAGGAAGAGGGGCACCAUCAGUCAAGAAGUCCAUCUUUGAACUGCAUGCUCUACAGUCAUUCAGUGGGCGACAGACUAAAGUUGACCGAACAUUGGAUGACCUCCAUCCCUUAUGUUCUGAUGCUGGAUCGUCUUGUUCAAGCCUGGGUUCCGAUGACCUUAUGCUGGACUUUGAAACGCCAUGCAAGGAUUCCACAGAAAUUGCAUCCAGUCCUGCUGUUAAAUAUGCUGGAGCACAACUGAGAAGGGUGGCACGUCCAUCUGUUGCUUCACAAGCAGAAAAGAGGAACUCGUGGGACAGUAAUCACUCGGAUGAAGGGGCCGCCUUGCGUCGAGCUUCUGACUCACUUGCAUCUCGGUGGCCUCUGAAAACGCCAUCCAGUGCUACAGCAGCUGAAGCACGUCCGCGCACUGUCAGCUUGCCUCUGCGUCCUCCUCGUCAGGUGGUGAUGCAAGAGUGUGAUGAUGGUGGUGUGAAGUUAGACUCAUCUUCAUACCGGUCAGUGUGCCAGGACCUCAAUGGACUCAAGACUAUGCUCCUCAAGCUACGCCGCAUACUACAGGAUGCUGAGACGCUAAAUCCCUUUGAACUCCCAAACACUAAGAACUAUUUCUAUCAUGCACUGGCUAGUACUGAUCUGCCCCAUGGCUUUACACACACUCCAACUGGCGAUACGCCUGAUUUCAACCCCAUUGAUCCCAAUGAUGUUUUGCAGGAAAAUAUGGACCUCAAGCGGCAACUCAUUCUAAUGCAGCAGCAGCUUGAAGACAAGGACCACACAAUUCACCUUCUUCAGCAGCAGAUGACCAAAUACAUGGAUAUUACAAGUGUUGAAAAGGAUCCUGUUAAAGUCAAUGUUGCAGUACAGACAGAAAGGCCAAAAUUUCUCCAAAGCAUCUCAUCUUCGGAAGAAGGUUCUUCUCAGGGGCGUUUAGUCAGCUGCACACCUAUUGUUUCUGAUAUAAAGAAUGCCCUUGAAGAGCAUUUCAAGUCAAGUUCCAUCUGCCAUGCAGCUUUUAGUAACAAGAUUGAGGAUGUGUCCAAGAGUCUGAGCAACAUCACACAGGCUUUGCGGCUGCACAGUUCAAAGCCACACCUGCCUAACAGGUCUCAGUCAAGCUGGGAACUACUUUCGUGAGCUAGCAGGUAGUUCCAUUGGUGCCAGUUCAGCAGUCUGUGGUGUAUGUGUUUCCAGGGAUAUAUUUUCAUCAGUUCAUCUCCUUCUGUUCAUAUCUUUUACUCUUUCAAAUUUAUAUUUUGUUCCAUGGGUGUUUUCAUGUUGCAUUCAUGAAUAUGUUGUUUUAAAAUGUGUGGACACUUGGCUUGACUUAUGGACUCUUGCAGUUAGGUUUCAGCCAAAGAAAUUCUACUUUAUUUCAGUAUGAGUAGUGAUGGAAGUUAAAAAAAGAAAAGGGGCACUGAUGCCAAUCUACAUCACCUUUUAUUUGAACUCAAUUGCAGGGUUUCUGUUGCAGGAAUAAUGAUUUAACAUAGCCCUUUGGGCAUUAGCCUAUUGUAGUGUUCUGCCCUGAGGCACCAAAUAUGCAUGCAAACUGUACCAGUUGCGCAUGUGCACUUGGUACUUCAGGAGAGUGGACAGUGGUAGUGCAUUGCCCUUUUGCUAUGUUAAAGGGUCAUGUGAUGGUUGCGUAGCAGUUUUCAUUGCAAAAGAGCCAGGUGUUUCACAUUACACUACUUGACCAACGCUGGCUCUGUCUUAUUGAUGCAAUACAGUAGUACCACAACCUUAGCUCUUCUUUUGCAGUUCUGUCAUGUCAUGGUAUGGAAUUUUCAUUUAUUGCCUUUACUGCUGUGUCUUGCAAAAAGGGCCAAGGUGUUUUUGAGAUUCAGUGUGGCUGUUUGUUUUUGUUGGUUUUAUUUCUGUGAAGCCAUUUGUUGGGAGCUACUAACUUCUGGCUACAGAGUGUAGAUCAUUGUUGGUAUUCCCGCCACAUGUUGCUGUUAACCAGUAACUUCCCAGCAGCAGCUUCUCAUCUUCAGAAUGCAUUUCAUCUGCUUCAGGAGGCAUUUCUUUUUUUUAAUUCCAGGGCAGCUUUCCUGCUACAGUUCUUUUUUUUCUGCACAUUUAUGGUUGUGAAGUUGAGGCCAAGAUAAAAUACAUCAAUACUAGAGACACAUUAUCUGUAUGAUGCUAUAAGCAGCUACAUGUAAACUUAGUUACUGAAGUAGUAAUAGCAGCAUGUGGUGGAUUUAUUUUUGAAUGUACACUAUGUAUAUCUUGUAUACAGAUUUAGGCGCAAACAAGCAUGUUUACUUUCUGUGGCUACGAAGCUUUUCACUCAUUUAAGUGGUCUAGUUCUUGAUGAACAUGCUUGACAUAUCCAUCGGCAUGCAGCAACUUCCUGUUACUGUGAAGGGGCUAUCUUGUUUUUUUCUUUCUUGCAUGCCCCAUUGCUGGCAAGGUUAUGGUUGCUUGUUUUGUCCAUACCAGUGCACAAUGUUCUACUCUUCACAUCUAAAAAAGCAUGAGGUGAUGUUGCAUUUAAUUUGGCAAAGGCUAUGGCAUGUAUAGAAAAAAAUAUAUAUAUAUUCUGUAUUGGUUACUUAGUCCCACACUUAAUAUCUUACGGAAUAUGUUGAGAUGCAAUUAGAAACAGCCUAUUCAUGUGAAGUCGACUAGUGCUUUUUUUUUGUACAGGGAAAAGGAUAAAAAGAGGGAACAUGACUCUUCACUUCGUGAAAGUAGCUGCAGUGUAUGCGUGUGCAACUGAAUGUAGCAGCCCUGCUGCAGCAUUUGACAUCACUGUUUGCAAAUACUGCUCUAAAUAGCUGCUCUUGGUAUGAUAUAUAUAUAAAAUGUGCAGUGUAUAUAUAUAUAUGUGUGUACUGCACAUUUUCCCCAGGUUUACUGUUUCAGUACAGGGUGAUGCAUCACUGGAAUAUGUUUAUAUUCCACACAUUCUACGUUGAUUGUUGUGUUCCUGCAUACUCAUAGACUUGAGACUAUGUACAAUAUUUCUGUCUGGUACGCACAGAAAGCUCAUCCAAGUGUGUGGAUUUGUAAAGUCAGAUGUAUUAUUUUAUUGAACAUUCUUUUUGGGGGUGAGGCAGGUAGGUGGGCUUGGAAAGGGAAACACAUAAAUUAAGUUCAACUGAAUGUACCUAUUCAUUUUUUUUUCAUUGCGCACAAUACAAGGCUUUCAUGUUAGCGACAUGAAUAUGCAGAGUGAUUAGGGUUUGUAUUAUUUUGCCUUAUAUAGCACAAUCAAACCUUUCUUUCUGAACACCUUUGCGAGGGUCAGCAAGGGAAAACUACAGAUGUAUUAGUCAGCCUGUCAUUCAAGCCAUUGAGGAGAGAUGGCAGUGAGCAAUGAGAAAUUGCAUAUUAUUUUGCUAAGCGAGAAGAAAGGGGGUUAACCAAGGGGCCUGAUUUUUUUAGUCAUAUCAUAAGAAGCCAACAAACACUGACACCAAGGACAACAGAGGGGAAAUUACUUGUGCUUAAUAAAGGAUAUAAAGGAACGAUAAAUUAAUGGAAAUGAAAGUAGAUGAAAAAACAACUUGCCACAAGUGGGGAAUGAUCCCACGUCUUUGCAUUACGCACUAGCAUAAUAGGAGUAAUAUAGUAGUAACACAAUGUAACAGAUACUAACAUAACAGUAACAGUAACUGAUAGUAACACAUACUAGUAGUAAUGUAUAAAUACCCCAGAAAGUGGAUGGGAAGACUGUGCCACGGUAGUUCAAUUGGUAGAGUAUCGCACACGUAAUGUGAAGAUGUGGGAUCGUUCCCCACCUGCGGCAAGUUGUUUUUUUAGCCCACUUUCAAUUCCAUUAGUUCAUAAUUUCUUUAUUUCAUUUAUUAUCAUAAGUAAUUUUCCCUAUGUUGUCCUUGGUGUCAGUGUUUGUUGACUUCUUAUCAUAUGAAUAGUAUUUGCUGAAACUUUAGUGUUCACCUCUGAUAUAUUUCAGUGUAGUUACCACUUUCAGUACAUUCCCUUCACCUACUACAUAAUGAAAGGCUGGCCUGUCUACAAUAGGAUCCUACUGUAUCAGAGGCAUGCCUUUGGCAAGAAAUUUGAGCCAUGAAAUCUGGAAAUUUAAGGUUCCUGAGUUACUUUGUACAAACAGCUUUCUAUAUUCUCAUUCCCUUGAUGUACUACAUAAUGAAGGGCCGGCUUUAUGCAAUAGAAUCCUAAUACAUCAGAGGCAUACUUUCUGCGAAAAACUUAAGCCAUGAAGUCUGCAAAUUCAAGGUUCCUGUGUUAGUUUGUAUAAACAGCUUCCUGUAUUUUCUUAAUCCGAUGGUUCACAACGAAUUGACUUACAAGCUUUUGCUGACAAUUGCAGUAUGUUCUGGACUUUGACUUGUUAUGGGAAAAUAAUUUUAUUUUAGGGAAACUGCUGCAGUGGUUGAAAGAAGGGAAAGGAUAAUUCUUUGUACUGAUUGUAAAUGACGUUGUUAGAGCGAUCAAAAAUAUUUGCGCUGUGGAAAACAGCUCUCAGUAGUUUAUAAGCUAGCGAGAAUAACUGCUCAUGCUGUGGCUUUGGUAGAAGUAGGAGCAGCAUUUAGCAAGCAGUAUUGUUUUGCCAUAUUGGAACUUCACAGUGGUGGUGGUCAGGUACUGCACAUUGCAUGCUUGAAGAAUUUCAAGAGCUGAACCUUGAGCUUUUAAUGCAUUGCUCAAGAGAUACAGAGCUGAAAGAAAUCAAGCUCAAUGUUUCAGUGGUUUUCUGUACCCAGAUAACAACAAAGUAGCCAAAUUGUUUUAGUAUUCUUAUUUUGCAUUCUUUGGUGAACUUGAGUCAGAAGUGUCAUGCUGCAGGGAUGCCAAGGUGCAAGUAGUAUGCAGGGUGUUGCCACAGCUAGUGGAGGUGCAUGUUUUGACAAAAAGUGUGACAACCGCAACCCCGCUGGUGCCAUUAGCCGAAGUUACUACACUUUGAUUGGCUGACUUUUCCGUUGCGAGCUUCGUUGAGUCAUUGCACUUGCAGAAAUGGGGAGCGCCAGACCGGUUCGCGAGUGCCAUGCGCAGGCGUCUUGAGCUCUCCAGUUGUGGUGCGAAACGCAACGCCCUCCCGCAACUUCGCUUGGAACACUGCCGGCGAGUUAACGGCUCGCGUAAUUCUUGGCUUCCGCUUGGGCUGCGAUCUGCGCCACCUGCCCGAACGGCCGCUGCGUGGCACUGGCAUUGCUUAUCGCCGCGUGUAGUCCCUAGCGCUGCGCGGUUGAGCAGUUUCUAGCCACCUUAGUGUGCGUUAGCGCGGGCCAAACUUACGCGAGCCGCCGUGUGCACACCUCUGCUGUGUCUUGGAGUAACAACUGAGGUACCCCUGCGCCCAAGGCGGGCUUCGUUUUAAUGGCUGCUAUGUGGAAAUUGAUGUGUGAGGAAAAGAGCGUGUGGAUAUCGCUCUGUCGACAUUGGUCGGCCGCAAGUACCAGCGUGGUCGUGGGGGCGCAUGUCGCACUCGCCUUUUUUCUUUCUUUAAUGUAACUUUGACACUCCCUCCGCUGAAGCGCCAUGUAUGUACCAUUUGUUCAUGUUUGGGUGUGCGGAUUUUUGCACCUUCAUGAUGACACACACGCUUUGGUGGUCAGCUUUGUUCUCGAUUCUUUUACUUUUUGUCGGUGUAAAUAAAGAGAAGCAUUUCCUUGAAA